CCGCCUGCUUCCUUCCCUCUCCAGCACUGGGUGACAUUGAGCUCACCAGCGCCGCCGUCCCCGGCGAAGUUCUGCGCUGGUCGGCGGAGUAGUAGGUGGCCAUGGGGAGCCUCCGCGGUCUGCUCCUGGCAGCGGGAAGCUGUUUUAGGUUAUGUGAAAGAGAUGUUUCCUCAUCUCUAAGGCUUACCAGAAGCUUUCAUUUGAAGAUAAUAAAUGGAUUUUGCAUAAAACCACAGGAAAGUCCCAGAGCUCCAUCCCGCACUUACAGCCACAGAGUGCCUUUACACAAACCUACGGAUUGGCAGAAAAAGAUGCUGAUAUGGUCAGGUCGCUUCAAAAAGGAAGAUGAAAUCCCAGAGACUGUCUCGUUGGAGAUGCUUGAUGCUGCAAAGAACAAGAUCCGCGUGAAGAUCAGCUAUCUCAUGAUUGCCCUGACAGUGAUAGGAUGCAUCGCCAUGAUUAUCGAGGGCAAGAGGGCUGCCCAAAGAAACGAGACUUUAACACGCUUGAACUUAGAAAAGAAAGCUCGUCUGAGAGAGGAAGCAGCUAUGAAGGCCAAAACAGAGUAGCAGAGGUAUCCGUGUUGGCUGGAUUUUGAAAAUCUAGGAAUUAUGUUGCAACGAGCCUGUAUUAAAAAGGAUGUGGUAUGAGGAUCCAUUUCAUAAAGCAUGGUUUGCCCAAACCUGUACCAUUUCCGUAUUUCUGCUGUAGAAGUAGAAAUAAAUUUUCUUAAAUAAUGA